UUCCCCCGACACAUGAUUAUCCCUCCUCUUACUCCGGGCUCUCACCCACCCACCGACCCGCUCCUUUGCUCGCUCGCUCGCUCGCCUCCGCCUUCUUCUUCUUCUUCUUUCCUCCCCCCUCCCUUCCUCCUUCCCUUCUUCUCCUCCUUCUCCUUUUCCCCGCCUGCACCCGCUCAGUCGCUAUAUAUACCGCGGCGUUGCAAACGGGGCUGAGCAGAGGCGGUUGGGGUUGGGAAGGGAGGAAAGAGGAGAAACUCAUCAGCUGGGAUAUUCUCAUUGUCAUCCUUCUUUUUGUAUUGUUGUCUAUUAUUGAAUUUUUUUCCCCUCAACCCCUCCUAUUUUGUUGAUUCCCUUGCCGUUGCGAGGUGGGCUUUGGGGAGGGAAGCCUCGCUCUCGGUGUCUUUCUUUGGGGGUACCAUGAAGGCGGUGAGUCCGGUCCGGCACCCGAAUAGGAAGGCGCUGGCCAGCGGCUGCUGUUGUGGAGGAGGAGGCGGAGGAGGAGGAGGAGGAGGCAGCGAUGGAGGAGGAGGAGGAGGAGGAGGAAGCGAUCUUCCUUUGGGUUUCCUCUCCGAUCCGGGCUGCUUGAAAGGAAGCCCCUCGCUGCUGGGCGAAGCGGAGGAGCCGGCCGCGCUGUGCCUCCAGUGCGACAUGAAUGACUGCUACAGCCGCCUCCGGAAGCUGGUGCCCACCAUCCCGCCCCACAAGCGGGUCAGCAAAGUGGAGAUCCUCCAGCACGUCAUCGACUACAUCCUCGACCUGCAGCUCGCCCUCGAGACGCACCCGGCCCUCCUCCGGCAACAGCAGCAGCAGCAGCAGCCGGCCCCCCAGCAACAGCAGCCACCCCCGCCGCCCCACCAAGCGCCCAGGACCCCGCUCACCGCCCUCAACGUCGACCCGGCUGGCGCUGUGAAUAAGCAAGGGGACAGUAUUCUGUGCCGCUGAACUGCAUUUCCAAGGUGUGCGGCAGGCAAAUCCUGAGCCAGAGAAGCAGAAAGAAAGAAAGACACAUUAGAGAGGGAGGGAGGAAAAGAAAGAAAGAAAGAAAAAAAAGAAAAGAAAAGAAAUAUCAGCCACUGGGCAAAAAGGAAAAAAAAUCAACUACUCCAGAAUUCUUUCCAUACUUCCUUUAGAGAGAAAGAGAGGAGAAAUUUUCACGACUUUGCACGUUCAUAGCAUUUUACACACGUUUCUUAAUUCUUUUGAGUUUUUUUUCUGUUUAGAUCAGAUGUGAAUUGUAUUCUUGUCUGGGAGGGAGGGGGUUGAAACUCUUCAGCAUCCAUGUGGCUCUUCUGUUGGAUAGAGAAGAUCAAGGACACACGGGGAGGGUAGAAGUCUUAACUUUUAAUGUGCUGAGCAGCUGAAAUCUGAAGCUUUACUAAUCUACCAGAGGCAUUGUAGAUAACUUUUGUUUGGACAUCUAUUGUUUAAAAUAGAUGCUUUUAUUGUUUCCUCGGGGACUUUCUUCUCCCUGAAGGAAUGUUACAUAUUGUAUAGAUUAUGAGAAGAAGAAAAAAGAAGAAGAAAAGGAAAAAAGUGACAUUUCAUACUAUGUAUAUACAGAGAGGUUCUAUAAGUGUAAGUGAGAAAAGUAUAUGCUUUAAUAGACCUACUGUAAUUAUAAAAUAUUUUUAAUUAAAUAUUUUUUUGUAAAUAUUCUAAAGCUGUGUAUGUUUUCUUUGGAAAUCUGUGGGAAUACUUUAGGAAGGAUUGUUUUAUGGCUCAAGUGCAGAACUGCUGUCAAUGAGGAUAUAUUGGAUGCUGAGGGAUGUCUCUGAUGGACGUUGGUUCCACCCGUCCCUCCUCACUCCCUUUUCGAUUUGGAAGCUACAGCUGUAGGUAGAGUUGAGUCAGUUCCUGCAUGAAUGCAUGCAAUAUCUAACCACAAAUAAACUUGUUCUAUCCAUACCAAUGUGGGUUUAUCCCCCUCUUUGAAUUCAAAUUGAAAAUAUGUUUGUAGCAUACAAUUUUGGAACAACUUUUUUGUCUGUUGGGCACUGAGGUUUAUAUUACAGAAUAUGCGAAACAGCAUUGAGAUGUCAGAAAUUUAUUUGUUAUGUACUGAGAUUACUACUUUUUUCCAAAAUGGGUACAGUGCUGAGGGAUAAUGAACAUUUAUUUUCUAAGAAAUGUUACCGAAAAUUAUCACAAAACAUUGACCACUUUUGUAACACCAAGGGGAUGCUGGACCCCAGAUUUUAGCCCUGUGGCAUAUUACCUUGGAAAAACAGUAAAAAAAAGUUUUCUGCUUCUAACCAAAGGGCAAACUAUCAACAAAUGUACAGUCACUGUUUCAUCCAAAGACUAUUGAUACUGAAACAUGGAGGGUAGGGAGGGAUAACAGGGAAAAUUUCAGUCUGAUUACUGGUGUAAGUCCAUUUCAAAGAACUUACAUAGACCAAAAACAAAAUCAGAUGACUGUAUCAAAAUUAUUUUUCUAAUAUACAACAGUCUUCAUUUCAUUACAACUCUGUUACAUCUAUAAAUCCUGUUCAGUCUCUGUUAUGUGUAACUUCUACAUGUAAACAUUAAACUAGAUUGACGUGC